UAUAGUUUGGCCACAAAUUUCUGUUUCUUUUCCCCUGCAGGUGACUGGAGAUGAACCCUGAAAAUUGGACUCAGGUGACAGGGUUUGUCCUUCUGGGUUUCCCCAGCAGCUACAUCCUACAGUUCCUGUUGUUCCUGGGGUUGACGGUGGCCUACGUUGUAACAGCCACAGGCAACCUGCUAAUUAUUGUACUCAGCUGGGUUGACCGACGCCUGCACACACAGAUGUACUUCUUCCUGCAAAACCUGUCCUUCCUGGAACUGUUGCUCGUGUCUGUUGUGGUUCCCAAGAUGCUUGUCGUCAUCGUCACAGGUGAUCACACCAUUUCAUUUGUGAGCUGCAUCACACAGUCCUACCUCUACUUCCUCCUAGGCACCACUGACUUCUUCCUCUUAGCUGUCAUGUCUCUGGAUCGUUACCUGGCGAUCUGCCGACCACUUCACUACCAGACCCUGAUGAGUGGUCAUGUCUGUUCCCGACUGGUGCUGGCCUCCUGGCUAGCUGGAUUUCUCUGGGUCCUUUUCCCCACCAUUCUCAUGGCCAGCCUACCUUUCUGUGGCCCCAAUUGCAUUGACCACUUCUUUUGUGACAGUUGGCCCUUGCUGAGGCUCUCCUGUGGGGACACCCACCUGCUGGAGCUGGUGGCUUUUGUGCUCUCUACGUUGGUGUUACUGGGCUCUCUGGCAGUGACUUCAGUUUCCUAUGUCUGCAUUCUGGCCACUGUUCUCAGGGCCCCCACAGCUGCUGAACGGAGGAAAGCCUUCUCCACUUGCACCUCACAUCUUACAGUGGUGAUCAUCGUCUAUGGCAGCUCCAUCUUCCUCUACGUCCGCAUGUCAGAGGCCCAGUCCAUGCUGCUCAACAAAGGGGUCUCUGUCCUGUGCUGCAUCAUCACCCCCCUCCUGAACCCAUUUAUCUUCACUCUCCGCAACAAUAAGGUGAAGCAGGCCCUGAUAGAUGCCUUGUGGUGGCACCGGCCCACUGCUGGUAGGAGGCUAUGAAGGCAACAAGGAAAAGAAAAUGU